AUGAUCACGAUAAGGUUCCGCGGUCGCACCUUCACCUUUAUCUCAAGCUUGCGCACGUGCCACUCUGCUUCUGGAAACCGCGUCCGCCGCCAGGGCCCUUUCCACAACCACCAGCCUUCCGCUGCUGAUUAUUCUGCCGGCCUCCCAACCGCACAUACGCUCGAUCCUAAACAGCGAAACGAUUCCUGCGCCUCGAACAAUUCCCGCCUGCACAGUUGCUGUAAACAGUUGGAGAUGAAGUUGGCACGUAUUUUCUGUUGUGUAUUCUUGUUGUCCUGGGCUUACAGUUACCGCGAACCGGAUAAGGAAGCAGCACCACCGCCUCCACCAAGCCAUCUCACUACCUCACAGUACACAAUCUUCCGCGACGUCAUUCUUCGCUCUGCCACCGGAAAUCCGAAACACGAUCUACAAAUGCAUUUCCCCACAAGCCGCUCCGCAGUGCAGCUACUAGCCAGAUGCAACGGUGGCUACAUCUCGAUGAGUGAUCGCUUAGGUCUUAUGACAGCCUGUCGCCAAAUCCAAAAUGAGCCUUCGUCGCUCCUGCAGUGCAAACGCCGCUUCGCGAUUGUGCAGCCAAAGACGAUUGCCGGUGUAAUGGAAGCCGACGAUGGCAGGUUUAAAUUUCAAUUCAUCAGACAUGUCGUUCCCAACGAAGAGAUCAAGAUGCACUAUGAACUGGAUAGCCAGAUCAUGAGUAACGAGAUACCUUCUUAUUUUCACGCCAGUUUUAUGCUCCGCGAAAUCCGUGCAUGCUAUCUCAGUGCCCAAAUCACUGUCACGACAUCAAUAUCAGACGAUCUACUAAGACUGCGAGGCUGGGUGCAGGGCGGACGUUCCAGGAUCCAAACUGUGAACGACCUGUAUCAGAAUACUCGCAUCAUACUGCGCUUACCGCAGGGAGACGGCAGCAAUAACACGAAUGCUUACCUCCAAGCAGUACAUCUGGUAUGGGCCGCAGAACAGAUGUGUCCAUAUACGUAUGUGCGCGCGAAGAUCGCCGGCAACGACGAACCGAAAACGGCAGAUGGUAUGUAUCUGCUCUUCAUCGCGGGGGCCCUGCUGCUCUUUGUUCACUCUAUCUUGGAGAAAGUUCCUGGUCGUAAUGUACAACCCUGCCCGAUAAUCCGGGUGGAUCGGAAUCUCGAGAUUUCACAUGCACAUACACAGCACGAAGAUGGAUUCAUUAAGUGUGUGCCUCACAAGAACGCAAAAUGCUCAUGGUACAAUGUUGUGAACAUCCUAGUAGCAGGCGAUAUAGUACGGCAUUACCGGGACCUCGGACAAGGCAGUACUACAACCAAUGAGACAAAUAGGACGGCAGUUGGUGUCAAACGCUAG